GAAGGUAUUGUGCCUCUAACGAUAAUAAAACUGAGUACAACAGUUGGCCCGUACGAAAGACACAUUUUGGAGGCCAGUGACCGCCAGCCAUCAUCGCUAUCAUCAAUGUCAACAAUGCCACAGUGAAGGCAGCUGUCAUACCUUACUGAGUGUUGGUUCCCCCGCCCUGCACUGCUCCUGACGCCCCGUGGUGACUGCAGGUGUGGCCUAGAAUGUGGAGCGUUGGGGUGAGCAGGAAGAAGCAGGGAGCAGAACACACGAACGAACACACAGGCAGUAGAAGCAGGAAGCAGAGGAGCUGACAGCAGAAUGGCAUAACAUCAAGACAUCUUACCUGUCACUCAAUCUGUAACAAGCAGGAAGCAGAACACACACCAACACAGCAGAACACACACCAACACAGCAGAACACAUACCAACACAGCAGAACACACACCAACACAUGAACACAGCUAACACACAGCAACACACCAGCACAGCAGAACACACACCAACACACAAACACGCAAACACACACCAACACAGCAGAACACACACCAACACGCUAACACAAAUCAACACAGCAAAACAUACACCUAACACGUACCAACACACCAACACACUAACACACAAACACACACCAACACACAAACACACACCAACGUGCAAACACACACCAACACGCUAACACAAAUCAACACAGCAAAACAUACACCUAACAUGUACCAACACACCUAACGCACACCAAAACAUCUAACACACAAACACGCCUAACACAUGCCAACACAGUAACACACACAAACAAACCAACACACUUAAACACACACCAUACACUUUGAUACAAUAAAAAACACACACACACACACACACACACACACACACCUGGCAGUCUGCAGCAGUGUCACCUCCUUGUCUCUCAAUAGCAAUGGAUUUUUCUAUGUCCUCGGAUAUCUUGCUGGAGCUGUUGGAGGUCGCCAUUAACCUGAUCCUGUACACUCGAGAGAUCUACCCCCAGGCAGUCUUUCAGAGGAGGAAGAAGUACAAUAUUCCUGUGCAGAUGUGCAUUCACCCUGGGCUUCAGUCAUACAUUAGCGAGUGUGUGGGUUCCCUGCGGCCUGUGCUGGAGAAGGGGGAGGUACAGAAGGUGAUGCUGGUGGUGUUGUCUGCGAAGGGAACACCAGUGGAGAAGUUUAUCUUUGAAAUCGUGCAACACCCAACGCGGCCCCAGGAUGUGAAGCAAGACCCACACCUGAACCGCAUGGAGGAGGCCCUAAGAGCAUUCUGUCUCAAGCUUAGCAUCAGUGACUCCCUCCUACAGCCCCUUCCGCCAGAGUGUUCCUUCAUUAUGCAGAUACAAGUACCUGGCCAUGUCCCUGCAGCCCUCACUUCUGCCCCUCAGCACCAGGAGUUCCCAUGGGUGGAGGCAGAGAAGGAGCAGGUGGAGGUGAGCAAUCCACACCUGGUGCCACUCAAGACACUGAGGACAGAGGUGUGUAAGAUGCAGCUGUAUGUGGAGGAGAGUGCCUCGAAAACCACCCCACCCACAUCCACCACCCAUUGACACACACACACACACACACACACACACACACACACACACACACACACACACACACACACACACACACACACACACACACACACACACACACACUUCAAUAUGACAGCUGUUUUAAGAGACUGUGAAGAAGAAGAAGUAAGAACAAUAAUAUGGAGAAUGGUUAUAUGUAGAAAAACUGCUUAAAAAAACUGCCAAGACCUCGAAAAAGAAACCAGAACAAUGAAAUGGAAAGUGACUAAGUAUAAAAAGAUGGCUUGAAAACUGACGUACACCAUCACUCACAUACUCACAGCUGAUAAAAGAGACUAGAGUUUGCGUGAAGCGAGGUUGGAAAGAGCAGAGAUGGAAAUGUUAAGGCUAUUUUUGGGGAGUGCGUGAAUGACAGUGCCUCCUAAAACUUCCCGAGCCUCUUUCACAACUGUUCCGAGGGAGGAAGGUGAAAAAAGCAGAGAUUUAGGUAUGAGAGGAACAGAUAUUAGAAAAACUCCUGUACUUAUCAUUUUGAGAGGAAAUUAGAAGGAACGGAGAUGAAAUAGUGAACGUAACAUUGAAAAAAAAGAUCUACAAAAUGGAGACUAUAAAGAGACCAUUGUAGAAAUAAUAGAUGGGGAAAAAUGAGAUAGUUUUGUGAGUCGGAAGAGAAGAAGAGGAACCAUUUAGAGUUUCGAAAGAACUGAGAGGAAGGAUUGGAGAGAAGGAGACAGAUGAAGAGACACUAUGGAGGAAAAGGAGAGGAGAGAGACACAUGAGACUUGCUUGACACUCUCUCUCUCUCUCUCUCUCUCUCUCUCUCUCUCUCUCUCUCUCUCUCUCUCUCUCUCUCUCUCUCUCUCUCUCUCUCUCUCUCUCUCUCUCUAUGCAAACAGCCAAAGGAGAAUAAGAACAAGAAGAAGAGGAGGAAGUUUUUGUUUUAAGACUCAAACGUGAAUAUUUUGUUUGUUUUAAGACUUCUGGGUUUGACUUUUGGUUUUCUCAGGUGAAUAUUUAUUGUUCUUUUGUUUGUCAAGACUUUCAGGUGAAUUGAUGUUCGUUUUGGGAUUUCCAGUUUAAUAUUCAGUUGACUUUCUUUUUAUUUCCAGUUCAAUAUUCAGGUGGUUAAGAGAUUUCCUGGUGAAUAUCUAGUUGUUGAAAGACUUCAGGGUGACAGAGUAAGAGCAUUUUAGCACUUCUACAAUGUCAAUAGGCAAAACACCCUUGAAAGCACUGCUCGUCAUCUAUGUGGCCGAGGUGAAGUUAUUUAGGUUUUUAAGGGUGAUUUGAUGGUUCUAGUGACAGGCAAACACAUUUUCUCCAUUAUGAACCAAAGAAACACCCUUGAAAAUCUGGCUAAUCAUCUCUUUGGCCUUGGAAAACAGCUGAGAUGAAGUUUUGCAGGUUUUCAAGGGUGAUUUGAUGGUUCUAGUGACAGAUUAACACAUUUUAUGCAUUAUGAAUCAAAGAAACAAUCUUGAAAACCCAGCUUAUCAUCUCUGUGGCCUUGGAAAACAGAAGAGAGUGAGAGCAAACCAGGACAAACCUAACCUAGUCUUGUCAUGUACUGAAAGAAUUAGGCAAAUCUUAGCAUCUCUUCACACUGCACUCCCUACAAACCACAAUGCUGUAAUGUGUGUGUGUGCAAUGCUUCCAAAAUAAAGGCAAAAUGUAAAGCA